AUGAUGGACGUCGGAUGCUAUGUGAAUCAACGGCGAUCCUACAAUGGUGAUCUAUGCACAGUUCGUUACGUGGGUAAAGUUGAAGGCACCACCGGCGACUGGCUUGGAGUGGAAUGGGAUGACCCCACGCGGGGAAAGCAUUCUGGAGAACACAACGGAGUGAGAUAUUUUACAUGUAGAAGAAAACACCCCACAGCUGGGUCGUUUGUCCGUCCUUCGCGACGACCCGACAAACCUCGAGGCUUCCUUGAGGCAGUGCGCCACAAGUAUGCUUCUGAGUUUCAAGAGGAACUUGCAAGACAACAGUCAGGCGAAGUCUCUGCUGCACGGGACACUAUCAAAUUUAGUAAUAAAGUAGUGGAAGAGGUCGGCUUCGACAAGAUCCGGAAGAAGCUUGCAGAGCUCCAGGAAUUGAAAAUCGUACUCCUGGAUCGCCUAUGUAUCGCAGGAGUUCUGGCUCAUGCAGCGAGCCCACAUGAGCUUGCAGAGGCUUGCAAGGAGAUAGAACAGACUUGUCCUAAGAUCGUUGAGCUUGAUCUAAGUUACAACUUACUAGAAAGCUGGAUUGACAUUGCAAACAUAUGUCGACAGCUGAAGCGCUUGAAGACAUUAAAGCUAAUCGGAAAUCGUCUGGGUCCUCGCCAGGAAGGUCUGAUAUUCGAGGACAUCACGGCGCUCCAUCUGGAUGAGACUCUACUUGAAUGGGACGAGAUUUCGGCUUUGACAUAUCAAUUCCCAUCACUUUCUGCUCUGUCAGCCUCCGCAAAUCAGAUUACCCACAUCUCAACGCCUAUCGCGGGUACUAUCACAACUUUGACACUGGAAAAUAAUGACAUCUCUUCGCUAUCCUCAUUAGCAUGUCUGACCUCUUUGAGCAAGCUCGAGCAUCUCUCGCUGAGAGAGAAUUGCAUUGAGAAAGUCUAUGCGCCCGGCAUGGAAGGAAGCUCUAUUCAAUUUUCCGAAAAUCUCAAAUCGGUGGACCUAUCCAGAAACAGCAUCGAUUCAUGGUUGUUUGUGAAUGAUCUUCAAUCUGUGUUUCCUGGGCUGCAGUCUUUGCGGAUAUCAGGAAAUCCUCUUUACGAUAAGCCUGUUGCCCCGUCGAACGUCACAAAGCUGCCCGAGAAGCCAAUGACGGUGGACGAGGCCUACAUGCUAACACUCUCUCGACUCGCUUCCAUUCAAACCCUCAACUACAGCAAGAUAACUGCCCAAGACCGAAGUAAUGGGGAACUCUAUUACCUUUCUCUCAUUGGUAAGGAGCUAUCCGCGUACCCUGAAAGCGCAGAGCGCGAGAUCCUUGCUACACAUCCCCGCUAUCAGGAGCUUUGUGAGAAAUAUGGCCCGCCCACAAUCAAGAGAGCCGAGUUGGCAGGCGCUGCUGUGAAUCCGCGCUCUGUUGCCGCCCGAUUAGUGAAGUUGGCUUUUCGUUUGCAAUCAUCGAUUGGAUCCGAUGCAAAUCAAGACCAAAUUCAAGUUCAAGAGAUCCCGAGAUCCUUUGAUACAUAUCAAGUCAAGGCUAUCGCCUCCCGCCUAUUCAAUCUGCCGCCUUACCAGUGCCGACUAGUCUGGGAGACCGACGAGUUGGACCCUGUUAAUAAGGAGAAAAAGGAUGAUGAAGACGAUUGGGAUAGUGAUGAGGAUGAAGCCACAGCUACCGAUUUAGGAGAGAGCAGCGCGUCCGUACCAACUACUGAGGAUGCAGAGUUCGUCAGAAGAGAGAUCGAGCUUCUGGAUUCAACACGGGACAUAGGCUUUUGGUUCCAACCCGAUACUGUUGAGGCAAGGAUCAGAGUAGAAAUUGCGACAUAG